AUGGGGUUCACGUCAUGCACCGUCGGCCCCGUCGUAGGCAGCAUACACACCCACACAGUCAUCUUGCUCCAUGGCCGAGACAGCGAGUGCCACGAGUUCGGCGCCGAGUUCUUCGAGAGCGAGACGUCGGGCAGCCCACAAAGCCUCAAGGACCUCUUCCCAAACUUCAAAUGGGUCUUCCCCGGGGCACGCCCCAUCCCUUCAGAACGAUUCGACACGCCGCUCUCUCAGUGGUUCGACAUGUGGUCAGUUGAGAACCCGGACCAGCGGCCGGAGCUGCAACAACCAGGACUGUCGGACAGCGUCCAGUUCGUACUCGACAUCGUCGAACAGGAAUCCGCCUACGUUCCUCGGAAUAAGAUCUGGCUGGGUGGCAUCAGUCAGGGCUUUGCCACGGCAGUCGCGGCCUUCGUCUGUGGUGGCGGGGGAUUCGCAGGGCUCAUCGGCUCGUCUAGCUGGGCACUUCCGGCUCUGUCCUCCAUUAGAUUGGACGGUGACAGUUCCGUCGACGAGACCUACCGACGUCUUCAAGAGGCUUUCAGCCCUGAGCUGCAUGUGGGCUCGACCAUGACGGUGUGGCGGACGACGCCUGUCUUCCUCAGCCACUCCGUCGAUGACGAUGUCGUUCCGGUGGAAAACGGGCGAGUCUUGCGAGAUUGUCUAAGCGAGGUUCUGGGGACAGAGGUUGAAUGGCAUGAAUAUGAGUCUGGUGGCCACUGGUUCAACGAGCCACAGGGUAUCGACGACCUGGCUAGUUUCUUCUCGAGAACCAUGGGCGGGCCGCUGCGGUGA